AGAACCCGGUAGUACAAUCGAAACAAUUGCGAAAUGAAGGUCCUAACUCUUCUCCUCUUAACUGCCCUGGUGGCAGUGGCUUCUGGCCGCCCGAACGGCGGUUGGCUUGGAAAUUUUGGCGGCAAAUGGACCAGUAUCUUCGGAUGGGGCUCCAGGAGCGAGGAAGGCGUGCAGGAACAGAAGUGGAAUAGCCAGAAUCAGUGGAAUCCCCAUGGUCAUGGUCAGGGUCAGUGGAAUGCCGGCAAUGGUUACGAACAAUCGCACGGAAAUAACCAUGGUCUCGGACAUGAAAACGGGCACGGAAACAACAUUCAUGGUAAUCAUGGUAACAAUCAUGGUCAUGGUAAUGGUCAUGGUCACGGCGGUCACCGCCCGCCUCCACCACCGCCACCACCACCAACGAAUCUGCCUGAGGUGACCAGCUCGGAUGUGACCAAUCCCGCAGAGGAUUCCACCCUGGCCCCCGAGGUUCCGGAAGAAUCUACCACCCAGGCGCCGGAGGAAAUCACCACCGGCUCUGAAGAAGGUAGCGGUUCCGGGGAAGAUAGCACCACCUUGGCCCCAGAAGCCCCAGAGGAAUCCACCACUCAGGCUCCGGAAGAAACUACCACUGAAUCCGAGGACGGAAGCGGUUCUUCUGACGACACCACUGUGGCACCUGAAGACUCAGAGGAUUCUACGACUCAGGAACCGGAGGAGACAACCAGCGACUCUGAGGAUGGAAGCGGUUCUCCCGAAGAAUCGACCACCGAGGCGCCUGAAGAAUCCACCACGGAGGUUGCCGAAGAAUCCACCACUGAGGUUCCCGUAGAAUCCACCACUGAGGUUCCCGAAGAUUCGACCACCGAGGCGGCCGAAGAGUCCACCACAGAUUCUUCAGCGGUCUAGGAAGAUCAUUUCAAAGUUCCCAAGGUUCCUGGUGCACCUCCUCAAGAACCGUUGAAAACUGGGUGUUUCAACGUAACAAGGUUAUGAAACAAAGCGUUGUAAAACGAUAUAUGGUGCAAAUAUUAAACUGUUAAAGCUAAA